ACUUGGAGCAGGUGGGUGGGCGAGUCUCGCAUCCUCUCCGUUUCUGCAGCCAGCCCGGGAUGUGUAGGCAGAGCAGGUGCAUUUUUAAAAGUAGGGUCUGCUGAAUCGGAGCCUAAGAGCUGUCCAGGACUGUGUGUGCCCCUGUGCUGCAGAAGGGAGGCACCCCCUGGACGCACACUCACUGAUGGAGAAGGAGAUGCUGCUGUUCCACCGGGCACACUCUCUUGGAAACCACACUGAAAUAACUUCAAGCCAGGAGACUUAGGGAAGGAAAGGUCUGAACACAGGGGGAAGAUGCUGAUGGACAAAAAUACAUCGUCGCUCUCCAACAUCUCCUCCACUGCCCUGUCCUGGGUAAGAGGAGAUGGCAACUGGACAGGGGCAGGAAUGGGUCCCCGGGAGGUGGCUGUUGGACUGAUACUAACCUUCAUAGACUUGAUCACUCUGUUUGGGAAUACAGUGGUUUUUAUCUGCCCUGUGGUGGAGAAGAGGCUGCGUACCGCAACUUACAUGUUUAUUAUGUCCUUAGCCAUGGCAGAUCUCCUCGUUGCUUGUCUGGUCAUGCCAUUUAGCAUAAUUUAUGAGGUGACAGGGAUGUGGCUUUUUGGGAAGCUGUUCUGUAAAGUGUGGAUUUCUUUUGAUGUCAUGUUCUGCACGGCGUCCAUUGUCACAUUGUGCUUUAUCAGUCUGGAUAGAUAUUGCUCCGUGGUGACCCCCUAUCAUUAUUCAAUGAGGAUGUCACGUCAAAGGUGCAUCAUAAUGACCUGUAUGGUCUGGGUAUACUCCUCCCUCAUUUCCUUCCUACCAGUCAUGCAAGGCUGGAAUGAGAUACCUGGUGUAGAUUUUGAUGCUGGCAAAGAGUGUAUCUUUGUCACCAACUGGACUUUUGCCAUCGUAGCUUCUGCCCUGGCAUUUUUUGUCCCCUUCAUGAUUAUGUGCAGCAUGUAUUUCUUCAUCUACCGAGCAUCGCGACUCAAGGCCACUCGCAUCAUGUCUCAGUCCCUUGAAAUUCACUACCAUCCCAACAGCAAGAGGCAGAAUAACCUGCAGCUGGAAAACAAAGCCACUCGGACAAUUAGCAUCAUCAUCUCAGUCUUCAUAUUGUGCUGGUUACCAUACUUUGUUCUGAAUAUAUGGCUAGCUGCCAAAGGUACCAAUUCCACCAGCGCAGUCCUGGUUGAUGCCUUCAAGAUCAUAACUUGGUUAGGUUAUUGCAAUUCUACUAUCAAUCCCAUGCUCUACGCCUUUCUGAAUCGGGACUUCCAACGGGCUCUGAAGAAGCUGUUCACGUGCAGGCGCAGGUCUCAGGUGGGUAUUGGAGAAGAUAUGGUUUCAAUAGCGACCUUUUCCAAGACUGCUCAAGACCCAGAAUACAGCAUUAAAGCCCCAAUGCCUACUGGAGCACUGAAGAGCAAGCACAAACAAUAAAGUUCUGGGUUACUUGCAGGAUGUGACAGAUGCAGAGUGUAUAGGGACUGGUGUGUAUUUUUUGGGGGGGGGUGUCUAUUAAUUGAAUUUUUUUGGGAAGAGAUUGGAUGCAAGAUUACAAAGGCAUUUUUAUUUUGGCUGUAAUCUGUGUGAAACGUGAGCAACAGGAUGAUGCCAUAUUGUCCUUUCAUCUUCCUUUGUGCUGUGAACAAAAUUAGUAGCACUUUCUGAAAGAACAGCAAAGGACCUUGAUCUUGCAGCUGAGUUGUCAUAACCAAUUGACUAAAAAAAAUUAUGCUAUAUAUAAAUAGCAGAAAAGUUUCAUGUGAAUGAUUCAGUCUUUACGUUGAAAAAGUAGCCAUGAAAAAUGAAUUGUGCUCACUAAGCGUCUUUUAGCCUGGGUGUUAUCUACAACUGAGUAUAUGUGUGCUCUCUCAGGGCAAUUCAAUACAGCCCUGGUCCUGCAAAGGCUCAUGUUACAAGCUCAACAUUACUUGCACAUUUUCAAUCGGACUACUUGUGAAUAAAGUUCAUCAUGCACAGAGAUGUUGGUAGGCUCUAGCCUAUGAAUGAAAUUCACUCAUGUGCAGAGAGCCAGCACAAGACCCAGCCACCAACGACCUCAGCGGUGUCUAGGGCUUGUGCUGGCUCUCUGCACCAUGGUAGAUCCCACCCCAAUUUGCUUCAGAAAUAAGUGUAUAGUUGCAAAGCUUAUAAACUUUCCAAACCAAGUCUGAGAGAUUGAAAAUAAGUGAUUCAUCAACAGCAAGUGCAGACAGAUAGGAGAGGUGUUCAUGUACAUAAAUUGUGUGUCCCAGACCUUUGGAAGGCUGCCCAACCAAAUAUGACUGUUGGCUGAAACAAAUAUGGAGACCUUUAUCAUUCUAUAGAACUUAUAGAGCCCCUGUUGUCCAAGAUGUUAUAAGUGAUUUACAAUGGUCUAAAAAAACUGCACAGGACACUGGAUUGGCAGGUAAGAGAUGCAAGAAUCACUUAUCCUACCACUACAAUGCCACAGAAACCUCUGGCAUGGAGUUCAGCAGCUGCUUAACAGUACAACAUUAACAGCUGUAGAAGGAAGUGUGGGGGGGGAUUCAUCCAAGUUUUGAAUGUGACCAGACAUUGUAUAACAAAACCUCCCUGCUGAUGAGGUGAAGCAUACUGGGGCUCAGGGGUGGCUGAGAGAAACUUUCCCUGUGCCCAGUCAGUCUGACAGUGAAGCUGGGAAAAAUCUUUCAAGGAAGGCGGCACAUGUGAUCCCUCCUGUUUUGAUUCUGCUAUAGUCUGGCUCCAGAAUACCCUGAAUCUGAUUGAAUUUUUCUGCACAGCAGCCUCUUCAAGGCAAUCUGGCAACCCGCCAUUCAGAACAUUUCCACUGCCUGGAAGCCACAAAGAAGGAUCUUUUAUGGUACGACUACACUGCAAUUAAACACCCACAGCUGGCUUUGUCAGCUGACUCAGGCUCCCGGGGC